AUGUGAUUUCACGUUUUGCUGUUUUAUUGAAUAUUGAGGUUAUGUGAUUUGUUUGGAAUUUGUAGUCAUCAACUUCAACAUCAAUACAAAGAUGUCUAGAUCGUGGUUUCCUUCAAGAAUUGAUGAACUUCAAGGAUUUUUCAAAACACAUAAUAAGAUAAGAGAAUAUCAAGCUCAUUCUUCAAAAGUUCACUCAGUUGGUUGGAGUUGUGACGGUCGCCGGUUGGCCUCCGGUUCAUUUGACAAAUCUGUUGUGAUUUUCAAUCUUGACAGGGAUAGAUUGAAUAAAGAGUUCACAUUCCGAGGGCACGGUGGCAGUGUUGAUCAACUAUGUUGGCACGCUACCAAUUCAGAACUGCUGAGUACAGCUAGCGGUGAUAAAAGUGUGAGGAUAUGGGAUGCUCGUUACCAAAAAUGUGCAGCUGUUAUAAACACAAAAGGUGAGAACAUAAACAUCACCUGGUCACCAGAUGGCAACACAAUCGCUGUGGGGAACAAAGAGGACCUAGUCACUUUCAUAGACUCGAGAACGCAUAAAAUCAAAGCCGAAGAACAGUUCCAUUUCGAAGUAAACGAGAUCAGCUGGAACAAUGAGAGCUCGCUUUUCUUCCUCACCAACGGCCAGGGUUGCAUACACAUACUGAGCUAUCCAGACCUGGAGCUGCAGCAUGCACUGAAGGCACACCCGGGCACGUGCAUAUGCAUAGAAUUUGACCCAGUUGGUCGCUACUUCGCCACAGGAUCAGCCGAUGCACUCGUUUCACUCUGGGACAUCAAUGAGUUGGCUUGUGUGCGAACGUUUUCUAGACUGGACUGGCCAGUGCGCACGAUCAGCUUCAGCUUUGACGGGAGCAUGCUGGCGUCGGCGAGCGAGGACCUGGUGAUCGACGUGGCGGAGGUGGCGACCGGCGCCAAAGUGGUCGACAUCCCCGUCGAGGCGGCCACCUUCACCGUCGCCUGGCACCCGUCCGCCUACCUGCUCGCCUAUGCCUGCGACGACAAGGACCAGUACGACCGCAAGCGCGACACCGGCAACCUCAAGGUCUACGGGUUUCCGUCCACUGAUUAGUUACCGGAUAGGUUGUGUUCGAGUGAUUGAGUUGUGGAUAGUAGCGGACCUUUUUUGUAAUUUAAGUAUGCUAUUCUGAAAUAAACUAAGCACUGACAGAUGAUGACAAUGAUGGACUAGAAAAAACUCGAAUUUCCGAGUUGUUAAAUCUUGAGUUGUGAAGGUGCGUGCUACGAAUAAGCGUUCCCCUCCACUGAUCAGUUAACCAAUAAGGUGUUUGAGUGAAUGAUACUUGCGGAUCUUUUCGUAUUUUAAGGCUGUGCAAAAGCUAAAAAUAAACUUUCUACUGGUGAUAUUUUUCAAAGUUUUUCGAUUAGUGUAUCAUCAAGCUAUCAAAAUGAGAAAGUUUUCUCAGGAAAACAUUUUUUCCCGAUCUUCAAUUUUUGAGAUAUAAGCGCCUGAAGUUUGAAUUCUUGUGACAGAACAUUUCAAAUUCGGUAAGAGAUAAACCCAUGAGAUCCAGAGGAUAGAUUCUUCAUGGUAUUGUUGAUCUAGUAAAACAUAAAUUUUCUUGAAAUAUCAAUUUUUGAAAAAGUUAUUCAAUUUACCAAAAAUAACUCAACUAAAAGUUAUUUUUGGUUAUUUUUAGUGAAUUGAAUAACUAUCUUGAAAAUUCAUAUUUUCAGAAAAUUUUUGUUUACUAGAUCAACAGUACUAUGAAGAAUCUAUCCUCUAAAUCGCAUGGAUUUAUAUCUUACCAAAUUUGAAAUGUUCUGUCUCAAAAAUUUAAACUUUAAGCGCUAAUAUCUCAAAAAGUAAUGAUCGGAAAAAAAAUUUUUCCUGAGAAAACUUUUUCAUUUUGAUAGCUUAAUUAUAUACAAAUCAAACAACUUUAAAAAAUAUCACGAGUAGAAAGUUUAUUUUUAGCCUUUGCACAGCCUUAAGGUACGGUAUGGCAUUCUGAAGUAAAGUAAACACUGACAGAUGAUGACAAUUAUGGACUAGGAAGACAGCAAACUAGAUACGGUCCACAAUCUCAAGGUCUACGGAUUUCUGUUCACUGCUUAGUUGAUGAAUCUGGUAUUGUAAAGGUGCGCGCUACGAACAACCGCAUUUUACUUUUCAUCAGCUGAUGCUAUCUAUGCUUAGGGCGAGACCAUAUUAAGCGUUUUUCAGGCGUUUUCAGAUGACGUGUUUGAGAGUCGGCUGGGCAGGAAGCUCUCCGAUUGGCAAAUUCGGUCGGCUCCUGAAGAAACGCUUUUUGUGGUCUCAUCCCUUAUUUAUGUUUUUUGUACUGAAACAGUAAGCUACAGAUAUAAUCGGCUCAGCUAAUGGAAAGCGAAAUGCAUUUGUUCAUGGCUCAUAAGUCUUUACGCACCUCAAGGUAUGGUAUUCGGCGAUAAACUGGACUCUGGCAGAUGAGUAUUACUGGCAAUGGUUGAUCAAAAAGACAGUAUUGUCGGCAAAGAAUUUCAAAGUACACACAACUUCUUGUAUUGUCUAUCUUAUACGUUCUUGUGAAAUUUGCAGUUACUAACAAUGCGCUGCUGUUAAGAAAAAUAGCAGCAAAUUAAGAAAUGUUACUGCUUUAGAAACUUAUGUAACGUCAACCGUACAAUAAUUUCUAUGAAAUUUGUUUUAUACUGUGAAAAAUAAAGUUGUAUAACUUGUAUUGAA